AUGUUCAAGCUCGCUGUUCUGCCCCUGUUCUUCGCCGCCGUCUCGGCCGGAUACCUCGGUGCCCCGCUGGCCUACUCCGCCCCGGCCUACGCUCACGGAGCGGCAUACGCCCACGGUGCAUACGCCCAUGCCCCGCUGGCCGCCGCCUACCACGCCCCGCUCGCUUACUCCGCCCCGGUUGUGAAGACCGUCGCUGCCCCGGUUGCCUACGCCGCCCCGGCCUACGCUCACGCUCCGCUCGUUAAGGCCGUCGCCCCGGUUGCCACCAGCUACGCCAACACCUACAAGGUCUCCGUGAAGGCCCCGGUUGCCUACGCCGCCCCGGCCGUCGUGUCGCACGCCCCGGUCGCUUACGCCGCCCCGGCCUACGCCCACCACGCCCCUCUGGCCUACGCCGCCCCGGCCUACGCCGCUCCGGCCUACGCUCACGGAUACUACCACUAA